UACAGGUCGAUCUUCCAAGGGUCGCCUGUACUGCUUUUCCUGCACAAGUAACAAAUAUAAGCUCAAAGGACCUCAGGCUUGCUCAGCCUGAAAGCCACUCCGAUGCUUAAGUCAGAGAGGGUUUUUUGGUAGGUAAAUGAGUGUAAGAGUAUUUAAGUCUGAUUUGUGCUUACCCUUCUCGGCAUUCAGUGGCUUCCUUUUAUAAUGAUUUUAAGGCGGUGGUUAUCUGGUAAAUCGUGGGUUUGUCCCACGAUUAUUGAUAAUGGUGAAGGCACGUUCCCGAUUAUCCCGGGUAGUGGGUGUCAGGAAACAGAGUGGAUGAGGUCGCCUGGAUGGCAGACCUGGAGGAGUCCGCCCGAGACAGACAUGGGCGAUGGGAGAUUUGGAGACCCGUUGGGCGAGCAUAGCAUUUGUUAGGCGAUGCCUGGAGUUCGAAUAUUAUUAGGUCGGUAUCAGAUGUCCCCCCCUUGUAAUCUUGCUAAGUCAAAGACUUGAAGCGCCAAUUUUUCAAAAUUCGAAUUUCCGAAAUUUUCGAAACAAUUUUGAAUUUCAAACGUUUCUUUCAACGGUUACGAAUCUGAAGCGUUUUCUGACUAUAAAAGAACGCGACUUUUGGUUUUUCAUUGAUUGUUUCGAGGAGUUUCCUGCUGUCAGGCAUUCGAGUGUAUAAAAGAGGCUUUCUUCGAGUUACAUAGCACCGGACUUUCUCUCUCAAUCAUGCCGAACUUCAAAGAGCUUCAGCAGAAGGUCAUGGAGGACAGGAAGGCUCGCCGGGAAGCUCGAGAUAGGGAGGCCCUUCCCCAAGCUAUUCCCAAGCCGACUUCUGAGGCUAAGAAGGCGCCUGCCAAGAAAGGAGGCGAUGUUCCUUCUUCGACUGGAAGCAAACCUCCUUCUUCUCAGAAGGGUGAUGAAUCUGCCCCUACUCCUAGGGUGGUGCUGCCAGGCUUCCAGAUAAAAGAACCCGUCACCAGCCCUCCUCCUCCUGCUGUUCCCUCUUACACCGGUAAGGGGAAGGAUAAGAUGGAGGUUCCUGCGAAGGAGAAGCAUGCCAGAUCCCUUCCUUCUGCUCCCCAAACUGCCACGGCUGCUUCGACCGGCAGCAAAAGGCGAGCUCCUUCUUCAGGGGGCGAAGAUACUGAGGGGGAGGGACCCUCUAUGAAAAGGCCUAAGAGGGAUGUGAUGGUGACUCAGGUCGACCUGCUCCUUCAAAAGUAUGGGGCCGAUGCUACUGUGCGUUGUCCUGCCGUCGCCCAUGACAUCUUCCGGGGUUCCUGCUGCCCUUCGGACGUUGACUAUUAUUUGAAGAGGCCGGACAACGUACUGAUGGACGAUUGUUUUUCCAACCUGGCAAAGGUUGCUUAUGCCAUCCGUCAAUACCGCUCCAACCGUCUUAACGACGAUGAGAUGCAGGUAAAGUUAAAGACGGAGUACAAGCUGCUGAAGGGAAAGUAUGACUCCCUUCGCAGCGAACAUGGCGGGUGCACUCAGAAGCUGGACUCUCUUCGUGCUGAUGUGGAUAGAUUAUCCAGAGAGAGGGAGAGUGCUGUGAAGCAGCAGCGUGUGCUGUCUGAUGAGGUCGCCCGCCUUAAGAAGGAAAAUAAAAAUCUGGCGGCAGAGGUGGUGUUGAAAAGUACUGAUUAUGACGAUCUCAAGAAGGAGUUCGACACCACCGUCACGGCCCUUAACGAUAAAGUCUCAGUUGCUGAGAAGAGGCUUUAUUUGAAGCGAGGCAGGCUGAUUCGUGAGAAGGAGAGGCGUCGCCGUAACACCGCCCAGCUAGCCAAUGAUCUGACUGACUUCACUGAAGCCAUUGUGGGUACCUACUUGGAGCGUCAUCCUGAUGGGGACGUUGAGUUCUUAUAUGGCUUUCCCGAAGGGGUUAACAGUGAGAGUGAGCCAGAUUCUCCCCAAGACUUGUUUGUCUCCAUCAAGUCUGAAAAUGGUGGAGGUGCUGCUGAGGUUGCCGAACAGUCUGCCCCGGGGGUCCAGGAACCUGCCAAGGCUGGCGAGAAGCCUCUUGUUCCCGGUUUGGGAGGUAGUCCUGAGGAGAAGGACUUCGGCUUGCUUAUAUCUUCGGAGCGGCCUUUUGCUGCUCUGGACUUAUUGGAUCGGCCUUCUGAUCUGGAGUCUAUCCUUCCGGGGUCCGAUCCUCUUAGUCUUGCCGAUGUCCCUUCUCCCACCCGUUCUGGCAACAUUCGUGUCGAUGCUUCUUCUUCAGCCAGGCGGGAUUCGCAGGAGGGGCUAUCUGUCCCAAAUAUUUUGGAGGGGAACAAAGAGGCUGCCCCGGAGAAGGUUGAGCCAGAGAUCAUCAAGCUUUAGAUUCCUCUUUUUUGUUUUUGUAUAGGAAGAAUUUUCCUUUCUUUUUUUUUUUUGUUAUGUACUUUGUACAUUUGUAUAUUUUCUUUUGUUAGGAAUUUUAUUUUCCUUUGUAAUUUUUGUGAGGCAUUCGUCCUCUUUUAAAUAUAUAUCUUUUCUUUUUUUUUUUGAGAAAAUAUAUAAAUUUUCUUGCCUUCUUUAUUUUUGUUCUCUUUAUUUUAGGCGAUAUAUAUUUUAACUGUGUAUUUUCCUUUUUUGGGAAUGAACUCGUCAGUUCUCCUCUUCGGAAAUAUUUUAAGUAAUCAGGUAACUAUGGUAAAGAGACGAUAUCUGUGGAAAUUCCUUGUCCGAGCAAGGGUAAAUUAAAAUACUUGCAUAAAUUCAAAUACAAUAAUGUGAUGAAAUAUGACUUGUAGAAAUUGAAACAUAAUGCUGUGAUUAAACAUCACUUGGAGGAAUUGAAAUACAAUAUUGAAACUAAACAUCGCUUGACUAAUUAUGUUACUUCUUAAGGAAUAACUAAUCAUAUCUGAGGGCGACCCAUUGUGACUAAAUUUUUCUCAAGUUGUUGGCGUUCCAU